GGAAAGAGUAAGCUCGCACCACAAUUGCAAGUGAGCCCCGAGGAGCCCCUUCAACGAGCACCUCAGAUUGACCCUCUUAUGGUUGGUUUCCCAUUGGAAACACGCUAUGAUGCCAUGAUCGUUGAUCAGGGCGAACACACAUCUCUGUCGUCUCUGUUCGGCACAGUAGUUCAUACAGCAGUGGGUGCAUUAUCAACAGCUAUUACGGAAGGUCGAGCUCUGCCGCAGUCAUAUGCUAAUAAAGCGAACAGUACGGCAGAGCAGGCGGGUAGCCCGACCGUGGUGCCCCCCGAGCAA